CCACACGUCACUUCCGGUGCUGUCAGGCUGUCUCUCUGGGUUCGCGGAGCAGCAGUCCGGUACCGGGAGAGGGGUUUUUACCUAAAUUAAAAGACUUCACGGAGCUCCUGAAUGCGCCAUGAAGCAGCAGGUGACCGGGACCGAGCAGGCCCUGCGCGGGGCUCACCUCCCGGCGGCCGAGGCGGCUCUCUCCCUCCAGGAGGAGCUCGUCGCGGCCAUCCACGGAGCGUUUGAGGUGGCUGUGGAGAUCGCGGUCCGAGAGGUGAAGAGCCUCCUGGGAACAAGAGGGAGUUACGCGGACCUGCGGCGGGAGAACGAGUCCCUGAAGGAGAGGCUCCAGAGAGCCGAGGCGGAGCUGGACUGUCGGCGGAGAGAGGCCGGGCGCUUCACCCCCGAGGAGAGACUCUCCAUCCCCACAAAGCACGCGCAUCAUCCGGUCAGCCCCCCGUGGGAGUCCGGCUGCAGUGGGGGCAGAGGUGGGGGCUCUCCUGCAGGGCACCCCGGGUACAAACAGUCUCCAGACCCCCGAGAUGAACCACUGAGCUCAGAUGACCAGGACUGUGAGAGUGAGGCUCACCAACACAUCCGCUGUCUUUCUCAAGAAAUCGCUGAAGAGAGCACUUGUUCAUCUGUAAUGAAGGCUGAAAAUAUGAAAGCAUCAUGUAAAAAAAUACUCAGUCAAGACCGUCCCCUCCCUCCACAUCCCAGCAAGUCCACCUUGGAGCAGGUGACUGUAAAGCAGGAGAUGCUGGAUGACUUGAGAGAAGGUUCACCUUCCUGUUUGGACUCCAUUAAAAUGGAAGAUUACGGCUUGGAUUGUAUGUCUGAGGUCCAGUCCAGAAUGUUGGAGGAACAAAAACUGCUGGUGGCAGAUGGUGAGAGCCAGGACCUACACUUCCAGCUGUCCAGCGCUGGGCCGGACCGGGCUGAUUCUCCAAACCCAACCACCAGCAUCCCUCCUGUCACAGAUCUCUUAGCCCUCUCCUCGGAGUUCCCAAGCCUCUUCCAGGUGGCCGAUCCGGGUCCCCCGUCCGAAGCCCCUCCUCCGCAGGUCUAUGGCGUGCGUGUCCGGACCAGCCGCAGCCUCAGCAGCACCCUGUACGCCUGUAAGACCUGCGGGCAGGCCUUUCAGCUGCCCAGCCUGCUGCGGCGGCACAACAGCCAGUGCCAGCAGAGGCAGCAGCAGCGCUGCCAGCAGCCGGCGGCCGGAGGCACCAGGACCCGGCUGCAGCUCUUCCCCCCGGGCUGCAGCCCCUUCCGCUGCACGGUGUGCAACCGGGAGUUCAACCGUCUGGAGAACCUGAAAACUCACCUCCGCAUCCACACAGGAGAGCGGCCGUACACCUGCUCAGUCUGCGGCAAGUGCUUCCGUCACUCGGGAGCUUUAAAAAGGCAUAUACGCAUCCACACCGGGGAGAAACCGUACGUCUGCGGACAGUGUGGAAAAUCCUUCAGAAACUGGGGAGGGCUCAAGUUUCACCAGCGCUCUCACGCCAAGCAGCUGCAGUCGUAAGCGGCUGCACAUUCUGGACUUUUGAUGCUACUCAGAAACUGACUUUUUUCUUUUUUGCAGUGCUCACUAUCAGUAGAUUAUUUUGUCUGUGUGAAUUUCUAUAUAGCAGGGCUAUAAAGACUGAAACAUCCCUGAUACAUGGGUUUGAGCACAAACAUCCUUUUGAAAAAGCAUUAUCAACUUAAGCUAGAUGGCUUAAGAUGUUAAUCUCCCACAUUCUAAUAAAGUGUUCUGUGUUAUCAACCCCUAGACGAGAGCAAACCUUUGUUGAUGGGAUCACACACACAGCAGCAUUUCAUAAAGUUCAAGGCUUUUUCUAUCAAAAAACAAGUCAAAACUCAAAUAGACUUAGAUUUUUUUUUAAUAGAAGUAUUGAAGCUGUGUGACUAGUGACUUUAUCAUUCUGCUGAACACUACAUGAAUAAUGCUUCAUGUACACUGUUCAUCUUGUUGGAAAAAGCUUUUUAUGGAAUUUUAAUAGUUCUUCACAUACGGAUGAACUCCUGCGUGUUUCAUAUUCAGUGGUGUUUUUGUCGUUAUUGGUGUGUUUGCCAUAUCCAAAUACACUAAGCAUAACCGAAUCAAUAAAUCACUGGGUAGGUGGACUAACUGCUUUGUUUCUCUGGUGUGCUGUACACAUGGGAAGUUGAAAUAAAGCAGCUUAUUCAUAUUCAAAUGUUCAGGUUUGGGUUAAAUGUUCAUCAUAAAUAUAGGAGUCCUGAGUUCAAUCACAGGAAGGCUGCAAAGUGUGGCAAGUUGUGAAGGUGUGUAGGCAUUUGCUAUUCCUAUAAAACCUUUUAACAUGUGUUUAUUUUUGUAAAGAACUGCCAACACCAGGUUUGCCUGCUACCUAUAUCUGAAUAAUCUUAGUAUGUACAAUGUCCGUGGAAGGCAGAUAUAUUGUUCCACUGAAAUUGGCAUUGAAAAAAGCAUUUAAAAUUAAUGGAAAACUAGAGAGAUGAAAAUUGAAAUCAGAAAAGUAAGGCAUUUGUGCAUUCUUUAAAAACAGCACCACAGUCCUUAAAUCCAAUCAUUUUGGCUUGACUUUAAAUCUUUAUUUAUGGUAUUAAGACUAUUUUUACUGAAUGUUUUUCUUUUUUUAAAUUUUUGUAUGAGCACCAACCUUUCUUUAUUUUAAAAACGGUUGUCCAUAUUUUUUGUUUGAAUGUAUUUUCAAAAAUCAUUAUAAAAUUGUAUCUAGUGUUCCACUGCUAUUAGCAUUAUUUAUUCACCAUUAUAAUCAUGAUAAAACUGUA